AUGCGCAGGUGCGGCGCGGGGCAAAGCUUUUGCUGGCGCCAGCGUAUGCGGCAGGCGCAACAGGCAGCGCGGGCGUUGACGCAAGAGACCGCAGGCAGGUGCUACCCUGCGCGGCUUCCCCAAGCAGCAUCGAGCAGCGCUCCUCCGCCGCUAACAGCGAGCACCAGCGUAUUUUUGGUGGUCGGAUGUCGAAUUGAGCACGUGAUGCCCAUUUCGGGCAAGAGCGACGAAACCCCAAUGACGCCAGCAUCGAAACAUAAAAGCAUUGCGGAGAGCUACGGAAAGUGUCCGAGGAACCAGAUAUAUAGCCAUUGCGCCAUGUCUUUUGUUUCAGUGGCCUGA